CGACAGCCGAACUUUAUAUAUUCAUAUACCAUCCUCUCUUCGCCCAACGCCUGUAAAGACUGUCCAAACCAAACCCAACCUCUAAAUCUCCAGCUAACAAAUCCACCACAAAUGCCACCCCCCAUUCCAAUCGUGGACUCCCACAUCCACCUCUUCCCCGAAUCCCACCUCCCCACAUUAACCUGGUAUACACCCUCCAACCCCGGCCCCUUGGGCUCCCAGCACUCAGUCGACCAGUACCGACAAGCAACAAGGGAAGCGGGAGCUACUGCUUCCACACUGCGCGGCUUUAUAUUCCUCGAGACAGACCGCCUCUCGUCCGUUGAAGAGCCGUCGGAAUCGGGUGCUGGUGGCGCACAUGGAUGGACCCACGCCCUAGAUGAAGUCUCCCUUCUAGCCCGGAUUGCCGCUGGAAAGCCUGUUCCCGGGGAAGGGCAUAGUGCUGAGGAUCGCGGGCUUUGUCUGGGGAUUGUCCCGUGGGCGCCUGUGCCUGGUGGACCGGGUGCGCUGGAGAAAUAUAUGGCGCUGGUAAGAGAGAGGGCCGGUGCUGAGUCGGCUGAGGUAUGGGGCAAGAUCCGUGGGGUGCGGUAUUUAGUGCAGGAUAAGCCUGCGGGGGUUAUGCUGCAACCGGACUUUAUUGAAGGGUUGAAGUGGUUGGGACGGCAGGGUCUCACGUUUGAUCUUGGGGUGGAUGCGAGGCAAGGUGGGAUUUGGCAACUGGAGGAAGCAGUUGAGAUGAUGAGGAGGGUCUAUAAGGGAGUCGAGGAGAAGGAUAGAGUUACCAUCGUGAUCAACCACAUGUGUAAACCGAACCUCCGUCUCGAGUCUACUACUCCUGUCACCACGCACCCUGACUUUCUGCAAUGGAAGGCCCAGGUCACAGCCAUGGCGCAGCAUCCAACUGCAUAUAUGAAGCUGUCUGGUGCAUUCUCUGAACUACCGUCUCUUUCCCCAGAUUUCGAUCCGGACAUUGCGUCUCUCGUCGAGAAGCUCCAGCCGUGGACGGAUGUCGUUUUCGAUGCAUUUGGCCCUGAGAGAGUAAUGUUUGGCUCUGACUGGCCAGUCUGCAAUGUGGGAGGUGGCGGAAAUAAAGUCACCUGGGGCCGCUGGAGUCGGGUUGUUCAAGGUGUUUUGGAUCAGAGAGGACUAGACGAAGACCAAAGACGAGGGUUUUGGGGGGGUGUCGCCGUGAAGGCUUAUGGGGUGACGAUAUGA